AUGGUUGAGAUAUUUGAUCCUAGCAAGGGCAGAUUCAUUGUACAAGACUUGGUUGGCGAAGUGUCUCUCGGUGCCGUGGAUGUUGAGUGCAUCUUGGCCUUGGAGAACCACGGACUGUCGGCAGAAGGUAUUCUCGGUGAGGAAGGUGAGGAUGUUAAAGAUCGAGUGCCGCCUCAAUUCUUGAGCAAGACCACAGGUAACAUAGUCAUCGAUGAUCUGAUUGUGGACAUCACAAAAAAUAAAUCUGCCGACGACGAUUUCCUUCGGAGAGUUGUCCUCGUGUUGCUUGGAACAGUUCUUGCUCCCAUGUCAAGCAAGACUGUACCAAAGCAAUAUUACGCAUUGGUGGACGAUGUGAAGCGUAUAUCCAAGAUUAAUUGGAAUGCAUUCACCCUCCGGGUUCUGCUGGACUGCCUUCGCAACGUGAGGAAAGGCAAACACCUCCGCCAAUGGCCGAGAGGGAACUUAGCUCUCCCGCAGUACCUAUACCGGGAGAAGGUUCAGCCUCUGGAAGGUGAAUGCGCAUUCAAUCCUAGCUUGUCCAUGGAACCUCUAAUGAGGAAUUGGACUGAAGCUGCAGCCUCAAGGAGAGACAAGUUUGAUUAUGACCACGGCCGUGGCCGUGGUAACAUCAAGAUUGAAGACAACAUAACCAAGGAGUAUAGGGCGCAGGAGCGCAAAGUACCUGAACUAGAAAAGCCAAAAAUGAAGCCCGCCGUUGGUGCGGCAAAGAAGUCCAAGUUAGCCUCAAACGCGGACGAGAUGAUGAACCUCAUCAUGAAGCGGUGUAUGGAUUACAUACGCAGCCAAAUGAAGGAAAUACCGGAACAAGUAGCCGAGAGAUUGCUAGAGAAGUUGAACCAAAAUGGUGUGAUGUAUAAGCCAGCGGCUGCUGCGGCUUCCGGCAACAACGAUGCCGACCUAGAAGUGGAUUCCUUUGAGAAUGAGCCCGUGAUUGAUUUGACACAGCCUGACGAGCCUGUUGUAAACCAGAACAACGAUGAUGAGGAAAAAACACCAGCCAAGUUAAAUGUUGUCAAGACAACGAAGCCUACUGAUGAGUGCGGCGCACAACACCGGAGAACCCUUGGAUUGAUGGUGGGUAAGAGCAAGGGGAAAAAGUCUGCAGCAACCGCAAAAGAAGACGAUGUUAUAUCCGGGAAGCGCCGACGGACUGUUCCCAAGAAAUUUGAAUCCCCCUUCAAACUUGACAAGCCCGGCAAGCGAAGCGCUCGCGCUCUGUUUAGUGACAAUGACAUGGAAGGCUCUGUUAAGGACGAUUUGACACCGGAACUCAUCGAUGCUACUGUUGCGUUUGUGGAGGCAGCUGCUCGGUCUGAGAAGAAUAUGACAAAAAGAGUUUACUACAAUGAACGUGGCACCUCUGUGACUGUGGAGAGUAUACGACCGAUUAUCGAUGCUUAUCAGACACAUUUGGCUCUGCGCGUUGGUCAUGAUCGGCACCUCUGUCCAGCCUGGAGGUCCAAAUACCUUGUUGAUCGUGCUAAGGCACGAGACAACCCUAAACCGUCGAAAUACAACAUGGAUAGUGCGCUGAGCAGAGCUGGAGCAGUACGUAGGGUUCUGGACGAGUAUACCGUCCGUGAUAAGUCGUUUAUCCCGUUGAACGUCGGCAAUACACACCGGAUCACCGUGGUGAUGCACAACCUCAAGAAAGAAUUUCGAGUUUUUGAUUCGCUCUAUCCUCUCGAGUUCUCUCUCGACACUAUGAAAGCACUGCGACUAGCAAUAGCAAUUGAUAUGGAAGAGGCAAACCGUAUUACACCUGGCAAAUAUCCAGACGUCACUAAGUGGCCUAUCAUACCUCAGAUCGACAUGCCACUACAAGAGGACGGGAACUCUUGUGGCCUUUUUGUGAUUGAAGUUAUGGAGCGUUGGGACGGGGAUCGAUGGACCGCCGAUUUUACCCAGGGCACGGUUAAUGCAAGGAGAAGGCGUCUCGUUGCCGAGUUGGUUCUCUCACCUACCAACACGCUCGAAUGUGUGAAGAACAAAAUCCGCGACAUCGCAAAGAAAAGCGCAAGGCGUGAAGACAUCAUACAUGAUUCAAGAUUCUAG